AUGGAACACCAUUCAAUGCAACAUAAUCAUCAUCAUCAUCACCAUCAUCAUCAAAGUUUACAAAAUCCUCAAAGCCAUUGGAUAUAUGCUUCACCAUCAAGUUCUAAUUUGUCUGCUCCUAUAACAUCAACUCCAAUAAGUGAAACUAAUUUAGCCACCAGUAAUAACAAUAACUCUUGGUCACCGGUAACAACAAGAAGUAUAAAGCGAACAAUAUCGGAAAGUGAAUGUGAUGAUAUUUAUUCCGAAGAAUCAUCAAAAGACCAACCAUCUUCUCUAGAAAACGACAGUUGCCAGUUGAUGAGUCGAAAAAAACGCAGAGGUGUCAUUGAAAAGAAAAGAAGAGAUAGAAUAAAUUCGUCACUCUCAGAAUUAAAACGUUUGGUUCCAUCAGCUUUUGAAAAGCAAGGAUCGGCAAAGUUAGAAAAGGCUGAGAUUCUUCAGCUAACCGUUGAUCAUCUAAAGACUUUGCAUUCCAAAGGCAUUGAUUCGAUCGGUUUUGACCCACAAAGAUUCGCUAUGGACUAUCAUAUAAUUGGAUUUAGGGAAUGUGCAUCAGAAGUAGCACGGUAUUUAAUAGCAAUAGAGGGUAUGGACAUUCAAGAUCCAUUGAGGCUACGUUUACUGUCACAUUUACAAUGCUAUGUGGCUCAACGUGAGUUAAGUGCUAAAUCAACAACUGCAAGUGUUCAAAAUGCAAAUUGGUCUUCGAUUCCAAACUCAUAUCAAUCAAAUUAUCCUUCUCAAAGUUACCAAUCGUAUCUAGGAAUGACUCCUAGCACACAACACCAACCUGCAAGCAAUCAAAACUUUAAUUCGUCUUACAUGCCACUAACAGGGGCUUCUCCAAUUUAUUUAAGCUCAACGGUAACUCCUCACUCUGUUGAUUAUACAUCAUCAGGAUAUGAAACAGCAGGUAACACUUCUAUUUCAACAGCAGAAAAUGUUUCUUCAAAUAAUAACACAAUUACGAGUUCCCCAACACCAACUCAAACACCAUCAAAUGAACAGCAGCAACAAACAGAAAAUCAGCAACCAAUUUACACAGAUUUAACUAACUCUAAUGAUCGAUUACUUAACUCAAGUGGAAAUUUUAAUAACUAUGGAAAUCACGUGUAUGGAGGAAUUAACAAUCAUAUCUUUAAUAACAAUAACAACACUAACAACACUAAGCCCUAUCGCCCUUGGCAUCCCGAAAUGGCCUAUUGA